AUGGCGAUAUUUGGACAAUUAUUUUUGGCUUCGCUGGCUGUGGCUCAGCAGGUCUACCUGCCUGCGGAUGGCCCAACAACUCGGGACUGCAAGGUUACCAAGACAAGGGAACCCAAAUACUCCUUUACUCCAUUCAGUUAUACUCUUACAGAUACUGUGAGGUAUGCAACGUCAGUCCCAGCUCCUACAACCACCACUACAUAUGCUGCACCUCCAGAAUCACUGGCCACACUGGUGCCAUCGCUGUCUUACACCACUUGGGGUAAAUGGAACCCCAAUGCAACGACAACAGCCUCAGACACCAAUGACCCAUAUGGUCAAGCGGCAUGGACGUCGCUCUGGGAACAUGCCAACCCACCAAACUUUACGGAAACUGCAGUCUACAGCACCACCGUUUCACCCACACCAAUCCCGAGCAGUGAGCUCGUGCUUCCGCCGCGAGACUACUUUGGACCAACCGACUGCUACAACUUUCCAGAAGGAUUUGCGUUUGGCGUGUCUAGCUCUGCUAGUCAGGUCGAGGGAGCGACUGCCGAAGAGGGCAAGGCGCCUUCACUCAUGGACAUACUCAUUCGGGAUGAGCGGCCAAAAUCUUACGUGACCAAUGAGCACUACUAUUACUACAAGCAAGACAUUGAGCGGGUCGCAGCCAUGGGGGCCAAGCACUUUUCAUUUAGCAUUGCAUGGACUCGGAUCCUGCCGUUUGCCCUCCCUGGGACGCCAGUGAACCAAGAAGGCAUCGAUCACUACAACGACGUUAUCAAUUUUAUCCUUGAUAAAGGCAUGACGCCCGAGGUGACGCUCAUUCACUUCGACACUCCUUUGCAGUUCUACGGGAGCAAUCUCACCACCGCUACGGACAGGCCCGAAAUCGGCUAUGUCAACGGUGCGUACCAGAAUGAGACAUUUGAAGACGCCUUCGUCCACUACGCCAAAGUGGUCAUGUCGCACUACGCUGACCGUGUUCCCACCUGGUUCACCUUUAACGAGCCGCUCCUCUACUCGCAAAACGCCAAGGCAAUCAGCCAUGUCAUCAAGGCGCACGCUAGGGUCUUCCACUGGUACAAGGAGGAGCUGUGCGGGACUGGGAAAAUUUCCCUCAAGUUCAACAACAACUUUGGCGUCCCUCGGGACCCCCUUAGCGAGGCGGAUGUGUAUGCAGCCGAUCACUUCAACUCGAUCCAGCUGGGGCCGUUCUGCAACCCAAUUUUCCUAGGGCAAGACUAUCCCGAUUCGUUCAAACAGACGUUUGCAGAUUACGUGCCUUUGAGCGCAGAGGAUCUGGAGUACAUUGGCGGCACCGCCGACUUUCUCGGGAUCGACCCGUACACUGCCACUGUGAUUGCGCCCCCGGUUGCGGACGACAAGGAUAGCAUCCUGGAAUGUGCGAGCAACUCGUCGUCUGCCUUGCGCCCGUACUGCGUGAAUCAGACGACUACCAACGUGUACGGCUGGGACAUUGGGUACCGGUCGCAGUCGUACGUGUACCUGACCCCGACCUACCUGCGCAGCUAUUUGAACUACCUGCACAACACCUGGAGGACCCCUGUCGCCAUCACCGAGUUCGGAUUUCCCGUGUUUGGCGAGGCGGACAAGGCCCUCGUGGACCAAUUGUUUGACACGCCGCGCAGCCUGUACUACCUCAGUUUCAUGAGCGAGGUGCUCAAGGCCAUCUGGAUUGACAAGGUGGAGGUGGUUGGGGCGUAUGCGUGGUCGUACAUGAAUAACUGGGAAUUUGGCGACUCGGCGGCGCUAUUCGGGAUCCAAACGGUCAACCAGACGACUCAGGAGCGCCGGUUCAAGAAGAGUUUUUUCGACCUGGUGGAUUUCAUGAAGGCGCGCGGCGUCUAG